UAAAACAUGAUAAUCUGACUGAGGAACUCAAACAGAUGAUCAAGGACGAAGAAAUGCAACAGGAAUAUGCGAGGGCUGCUGCCCGCUUUCAAGAUGAUAUCUACCGCAAGCUUUGCUUGAAGCUGACGCCAGAACACUUUUAUAGCAUUCCCAUCCCUGGGGAAAAUGUGCAACUGGGCGAAGUAGCUAGCAUUCUAAGUCAGACCUCAGCCCCAUCUGCAAGUGCCCAGCCGUCAACACAAGUUUUAAUAGACCUAAGCGGCAGGCCUGAUCUGGUUCCAGCAGCGAAAACAGCCGUUUCCCAAUUCUUGUCUAGUGACUCAAUUUUGCCAAAUCCCAAACAGACAAAAGCUGCCUCACCUGCAAGUGAUCUUAUCGAAGCGGUAAGCCAAACCCAGUUCACAGUGCGUGUUCGAACGAUUGUUACUGGCGAUGUGCGGAACGAGUUGGCAAAAAGAGGUCGUGACAUGCUUCACCGAACGAAGAGGGAAAUGGAUAAAAUCUACCAAAAGUUCUCAAAACCCAUAUCUAAAAUGAAAACCCUCUCUGAAGACGACAAACAUCUAGCAAACGAAUAUCUCAAAACAAUUGUGAAGACCUACCACACACAAGUCGAGAAAACUUGGAAGGCUAAGGAACACGAAUUGCUUAAUAGUUAA